UGCAAGCGCAAGCAGCGCAACAGGCCAGGUGCUCGAUUUGGCCCAUCUCUGCUAGCGUCGCUAGCGCAACUGCCACCGCUUUUCCCAUCACCCGUCCCGGCGGGGUCAAGGACGACAGCGCUUCACAGGAACGCCGGUCUGCUUGGGGGGGUGUUCGGCGACACCAUGUCACGAUGUGCCCGCUCCUUCGCGGCCGCCGCUGCGUGAUGGACGAAUAGUAAGGUGGUUGCGGGCUUGGCUCGUCAAACCCUGGGGCCGGCCAGAAGGAGCUUUGGCCCGGCUUGCCAGGCACCUGGGCUCCCAAACCUGCAGCUCUCGCACGAGGCGGGCGGCUACUGCCACACCCUCCCGACCUGCGAGUAUUGUUUCCUAGCCGGUCCAGUAGUCCGAGUACAUUAUACGCACGCAAACCUCGCAGGCUUGGCUGCAUGCAUGCACGCCCCCCUUCCUCUCCUCCUCCACCACCUCCUCCGCCCACGCGCCGCCUGCCAUCACCUUUGUUGAGUUGCACCCCUCCCGUCGGUGGGCCCCCCAUGCUGCUUCUUAAACUCGCAUCUGUCCCGCUUGUUUGAAGAUCAGGGACACACCUCCUACAUUGCUAAAAUACCCCCUACUGCCUCGACCGCUCGGCCUCCUGGAUCUGCCGUUGUCUCUGUCUGAUCCUCAAACCUGGCCCUCAAUGCGGAGUCGCCCUAUCCCUGAUAUCGCCGCCUCAGAACCACUGCCCCCAUACCGCCGCGCGACGCCCACGAGCGCCACAGCGCUCCCCAGUCGCAGCCGUUUAUUCCGGCCCUCUUUUUCACAAGGCACACAUCCGGUUAUGCCGCUCGGAUGCCCGCUGUCAUCAUAGAUCAGAUCAGCAGGACGUGGAUCGCAAACGAAGCCGCUGCCCAGCCGCACUCGCCCCAGAAACGCCCGAUACGGGGCCCUCGGUUGCUAGAGUCUUGUCUGAUACACCAGGUCGUCGCACCGGCCGCCGCCUGGGGUCCUUGCCCUUUAGGGGGGCAAGACCCAACGACGUGGACCCUGCGACCCAUAGCCGCGAUAUAGUCCAUCGUGGACCCGCAUCGUUUCCCAUCCUUCUUCUACCCUCUUGGCCUUUUCUUCUUCUUCUUCUUUGCCCUCCCUCCCUCCUCCUUCGUGUCUUCGUUAGACUGCCAGCACUGGUGCCUCGCCUGUCGAUAGCCCUCUUUCAUAUCGGCUGGUCUUCGAUUCCUUUCUCAACCCACCCACAGGUCCGGAUACCUGUUUUGCUACCUUCUCUUCGACUCUUCUUCUAGCCCUUCUUUUUGUAUUAUUGUUAUUAGUUAUUAUUAUUCUUGUUUGUUUCCUUUUGCGUCCGCUGUCUUUCCCCCACGCAUCCGAGUUGCCGAGCAAUCCGACGACGAGAACGACGACGAUCCUUCCGAACAGGGAGCACCGGAGGCAUCUGAAGGACUGAGGCUCGGGCAUUGGGAGAGAAAGAGACUGGGACUUUUGGGGUUCUCCGCACUGGCAUAAUUUGCGACGCAUUUCAAGCGAAUCUAUCGACGACAUACGACGAACCAACUCUAGAGCAAGAUGGGAAGGCUUAUCAAGAACCACUGGGCCAGGCUCAUUGUCCUCAGCGCCGCAGCUUACCAGGUCGCGGCUGCCAUCGAGGCUUACUUCUGGCCGAAGAUCUUUUGGGAUUUCAUCACGACCAACCUCGACGGCGCUGUCCGGCCCAUACCAUCGUUGCAAACGGUCAACCUGGUAAUGGGCCUGAUCAUGUUGGCCUGGGAAUGGCCCGUCGGCUUCAUUGCCGGCUCCUCGAUGCACAGGAGCAUUGAGGUCAGGCUGGCAAUCCUGCCCAUGGCUGCCCUUUCCGCGAUUCUCCUCUACCAGGGCACCAACGCCGCCAUCUACUACAUGAUCGGCAUGGUUGUCUACUUCUGGGCCUACAGCGAGGGAGAGAUCAUCUGCGCGAAGCCAUGGACUCUGCCCCAGCGCAGCCGCGGUGGUGGCUCUCGGGUUUAAACUGGGUUUCUGGGGCUCUGCUACGACGCCCCCCGGUCGAUAUUUCACACAUCAGUCUAUCAUCACCAGCAUUUCCUCAUCGUCAUCAAACCAUCACCAUCGGCUUUCUCUCCAGUCCGCGGGGGUCAAUGGCAGCAGCAAAGGACCGCGGGGAGGAGGUGACUUGUCUACAUAUAUACCCCUACCGCGUUUGUUACAACUAUUACUACUACUCAAGAAAGACAUACUAUUUCAAUGCACAAUGGGCGACCUUGUGACACCGACCUCGUCGACGGCCGUGCUUUCCUUUUAAGCCGCGGGGCUUGACCCAGCCACCUCCUGCUUCCAUGGACAAUAGCGCCAAUCCUCUCUACCCGAAUCGACUAGCCGCCAACGAUUGGAAAUCGGUGCACCCGGGGCGCUAGCGACGGCCACUAGACAUCACGAUCCCUUAAUGUCUCGAUCGUCUGAACGUCCGAGAGGAAACACCUAAUAUGAUGGUCUACGACGUCACCACAACGUUCCCGCCCGAUAUCGGGACGAGUGAUACAAUGGCCGAGCCGAGGCAGGAGACAACGCAAAAGCACGAGCCGUCGAGCGAACACAGGUCGGGAAAACGAGUCUUGACAACAACGAGCGGCUGCUAUACGAAAAGAAGAAAAAAACGAUGUGUUUGUUUGGCUUGUCUGGGGAUCUGAUAGCAGCAGCUGUGUUGGUCUCACCGAGGAAGCGAAGGAGCAGCCUUGAUCCAGGGCGCAAGCGGAGUUGC